AUGACUGUACCCUUUGCGCUUCCACCAAAUAUCGAGCCGAAGACCUUCUUUGAAUUUGUGAACGAAGUAACCGCACUUGUGGAAAUUGAGAAUAUUCGCAUUGUGACGAGCGCGGAUGAACUGGACGAUGGAUCCUAUUUAAACCAACCAAGGACCCACGACCCUCAUCACAUUCUUGACAAGGAUUAUUUCCUUGCGUCUGCGGUCGUUUGCCCACGCUCAGUGCCGGACGUGCAAGCCUUGGUGGUGACCGCCAACAAGUACAAAAUCCCACUUUGGCCUACUUCGAUUGGGCGCAAUUCAGGAUAUGGAGGAGCUGCUCCUCGUCUGCGUGGGAGUGUUGUGAUUGAUCUUGGUAAACAUAUGCGUCGCAUUUUGGAUGUCAAUGUUGAGGGUGCCUACGCUGUCGUGGAGCCGGGAGUGACGUUUUCUGACCUGCAUGAAUAUCUGGUGGAACACAAUCUGCGCGACAGACUCUGGAUCGAUGUCCCCGACUUGGGGGGUGGAUCGGUGCUUGGCAACACCGUCGAACGGGGAGUGGGAUACACCCCAUACGGAGAUCACUGGAUGAUGCACUGUGGAAUGGAAGUUGUGCUUCCAUCUGGAGAGCUAAUGCGCACCGGCAUGGGGGCGAUGCCUCAACCUACAAAAGGUUCAUCUACCACUUCACCGGACGAAGAGGCUGGAAACAAAUGCUGGCAGCUCUUUCCGUAUGGCUUCGGACCAUAUAAUGAUGGCCUAUUCUCUCAAAGCAAUUUGGGAAUUGUGACCAAAAUGGGCAUCUGGCUUAUGCCAAAUCCAGGGGGAUACCAGUCAUAUCUUAUCACCUUCCCCAAGGAUGAAGAUCUUCACAAGGCUGUCGAUAUUAUUCGACCACUGCGGCUUCAAAUGAUUCUACAAAAUGUGCCCACAAUUCGCCAUAUCCUACUAGAUGCAGGGGUGAUGGGCUCGAAAGCAGACUUUGCGAGCACGCAAGGACCACUCGAUGACAGAGAGCUUGAUGAAAUUGCCAAAAAGCUGAAUCUAGGGCGUUGGAAUUUCUACGGGGCACUUUACGUGAGCAAAUUCAUUGCAGGUGCCCAGGGACCGGAAAACGUUCGCAGCAGUCUCUGGGGGAUUAUCAAGAAUGCCUUUUUGGCCAUUGACGGUGCAAGAUUUUAUUUCCCAGAGGAUAUUCCAGAGCCCUGCGUGUUACAUACUAGACACAAAACUCUGCAAGGAAUCCCCACCUACGAUGAGCUGAAAUGGAUUGACUGGGUCCCCAAUGGGGCACAUAUUUUCUUUUCCCCGAUCAGCAAAAUCUCUGGGAAUGAUGCAAUGCUACAAUACUCGGUCACCAAGACCAGGAUCCGGGAGGCAGGGUUCGAUUUCAUUGGGACCUUCACUGUGGGGAUGCGAGAAAUGCAUCACAUUGUAUGUCUCGUCUUCAACCGCAAAAGCCCUGAAGAGAAGCAGAGAGUGCAUGCUCUGGUCAAAACCCUCAUUGCGGACUGUGCUGCACACGGCUGGGGCGAGUAUCGCACCCACCUGGCACUGAUGGAUCAGAUUGCAGAGACUUACAACUGGAAUAACAAUAUUCUGAUGCGAUUCAAUGAGUCGAUAAAGAAUACACUCGACCCGAAUGGAAUAAUUGCACCGGGAAAGUCUGGGAUCUGGCCAUCUACUUACAAGAGAAGCAUAUACAAGCUGUGA